AUGCCUGUGACGCCUGCUCUGGUUCUGCGUGCAGAAGAGGCCUUGUUGUUCCGCAACGUUCAGAAAGCUGAGCAGAAACAAGGGUGUCAAGAGAACGGAGCCCUGACAAGUCACGACUGUGUCGUGAUUUACAAAUCAGAGACGCACAGAGUUGAGCACCACUCUGCGGACAGUAGCUUCAUGGGACUCACCACCAAGAUGUUAAAAGCGAAGAGGCUGGAGGGAAUCAGCUCGUGUUGCAGCAGCAGCAGCCCACUGGAGAACAUGGCCCUCUUCCAGUGCAUGGAGGAUGUGGAAAAGGUGAAGUGUUUUCUCGAAGAAAAUUCCAGCGUGCUGAGUUCCAAGUCUGGAGACAACGAGGUUGAAAAGGUGUGGUCCAGCCCUGCCCUGAAGGAAAAGACACCUGCUAAAGGGGGAAGGGCAUCAACCUUCACAGAGAGAUCGUCCCAGGACCAGUUCUCCGAGAAAGAAAAGGUUAACAAACUGAACCAGAAAAAUGUUGAGAAGACCAAUUCCUAUGUAGUUCAGAGAAGUCUGACCAUAUGUCACACUGAAAGACAAGACAAGGAAGACAAUUUUGGUCCAAAGAAUUCCACAGAAGCAAGAGACAAUGCAGGUGGAAAAGAGAGUCCAUCCACAGAGAGCCUGGAGAGGCAGGAAGACCACAGCCGUGGAGAAGUGCAAGAUUCUGUGGGUAACGCUGGAUGCCCACUGUUCUACGGAGAGGAAAGUGGGCUUCCUUUUAAGGAAGGUACCAGAGUGCGAGAAACUGAGGAAGAAGGGGAAUCAACAGGGGAAACCCAAACCACACUGGACCAAAGUUCAAGGGAAAAUCAGCACGUUGAUGAAACUUCUGGCAGCCCAUCUCCUGAAAGGUGCAUCAGCAGUCUAAACAGCAUUUCUACACCAGGAGUCCUGACAAAUUCAGCCACAGAAUCCUCUUUUCAGAACACAGACCACAUAGAGUGUGCCAGCAGCAGUAAGCGUCGAGUGACAGAGGAGUGCUUCCUCACUGAGGACAAGAAGAAGAGCAGAAUAGAUGGAGUGGGUACAGAGGGAAUGGAGCAAGCCCAGAGGAGCCUGGAGGAUAAACCUCAGGAGUCUGCUGGAGUAGUGACCUCCAGAGAGCAAGAUCAGGAGGCCUCACAGGAUGAGGCUCCCACUCCAGCUGCCCCAUUCGAUCACCGCAUCGUAACAGCCAGACAGUCGGCGGUUGACAGGCUGUACACUGUGAGCAAGACAGAUAUCCUCGGGGGGGGCCGUUUUGGCCAGGUUCACAAAUGUGAGGAGAAAGCGACUGGCCUGAAGCUGGCUGCUAAGAUCAUUAAGACCAGAGGAACCAAGAACAAGGAGGAUGUGAAGAAUGAGAUCAGCAUCAUGAACCAGCUGGACCACGUGAACAUCAUUCAGCUAUAUGAUGCCUUUGAGUCCACGCAUGACAUCAUACUGGUCAUGGAGUAUGUGGAGGGCGGGGAGCUGUUUGACCGCAUCAUCGAUGAAAACUGCAACUUGACCGAGCUCGACACCAUCCUGUUCAUCAAGCAGAUCUGUGAGGGCAUUAGGCACAUGCACCAGAUGUCUAUCCUCCACUUGGAUCUGAAGCCUGAGAAUAUCCUGUGUGUGAAUCGGAAUGCUAAGCAAAUAAAAAUUAUUGAUUUUGGAUUGGCCAGAAGGUACAAACCCAGAGAGAAGCUGAAGGUGAAUUUUGGAACCCCCGAAUUUCUUGCCCCCGAAGUUGUGAACUAUGACUUUGUUUCCUUUUCCACGGACAUGUGGAGCGUGGGUGUCAUCACGUACAUGCUCCUCAGUGGCCUGUCCCCGUUCCUGGGUGAUAGUGAUGCAGAGACGCUGAGCAAUGUCCUGGCGUGCAGGUGGGACUUAGAGGAGGAAGAGUUUCAGGACGUCUCCGAGGAGGCACGGGAGUUCAUCUCCAAGCUCCUGAUUAAGGAGAAGAGCUGGAGAAUAAGUGCCAGUCAAGCUCUGGGGCACCCCUGGCUGUCAGACCACAAGCUCCAUGCCAGGCUCAGUACACAGGAGAAGAAAUGCAGCUCCGAUACCCCAAACCUCGUGACCAAAUAGUUCCUGGAAGAUGCCCAUUUAAAAGGAACUGCUGUGGUUGCUGCUGCUUUGAGAAGACUUUUGGAAAAAUCAGCACUUCUCAUGCCUUGACCCCUGUGAUGACUGGCAGCCGUAGCAGGAGAGCCCUUGAACUUGAACUUGGAGUGACUCUGCUGCACUCUGCGGGUGAUCCAGUGCUCCAUCCUUGGGGGAUCAGACAGAUCCCCAGAUCCCUUAUAGUGCACAACGGGAAGAUGUUUCCCUGCUUUCUUGAGUUCUUAUUGUUUAGUGUUUGAGUUUAUUUUUGGCUGUCAGUGGGGCGGGGGCCGCAUUGUAUCUGCUGGUUCUCAGCCUGCUGGAGCAGUGGCGAUUGAAAUUUUCCAAACCUGGAGGACACAUGCGUGGAGAGAAAAUGGCUUCUAGGCAUUGCACUAAGCUUCUCAACGGAGUAAUUGUAUUUCUUUUCUAAGUGUGGCACACCCUGAACACUUUGUUUCUUAUCUAGAUCUGGUCUGAAAUCAGGUAAAUUCAAUGGAUAAAUAAUUUGCUCACUGGAACAUCAAAUUUCUUGGAAUUCUGAGGCAAGAGACAUCAGGCAUCAUGCCUUUCAUUGACUCUGAGCUCUUUCCCAAGUGCAGUAGUCUCUUUCGAGUAGCUGACUCCAUUUGCAAAUUAGUGAACCUGCCUUUUCACAGCGCCCUCCCUGCUCUUGUCUGAUGGGAGUUCAUCCCCAUUAAACAUAGUGGUUUGGAGAAAUGAUGCAAAAGUUGUCUGCUUAUGGUUAAUCUUUAAAGUUCCAACCUCCAAAGGACCUGACAGCCACAAGACCUUUCCUGAAGCCCCAGGUGUCGCCAACAGGAGAUGGCUCCAUGCAUCAGAAGGAAGGUUGCUUGGCUUCCAGUGUUGGUGUGACAGGGAAGCAACUCUCCGCUUUCUAGGUCAAUUGACAUUCAGAAGACCAACACUGACAUCUGUGCAGUCGUACUUGGCUCAACAGUUGUAAAGAAAAAGGCAAGAACUCACUCUUGGGCCAUGACGAUGAUUUUCAGUUGUAAAUUUCUUAUUCCCAAGCUCAUAGGUCAUUUGCUGUCAGAGUUAUUUAGUUAGGGUAAGUGCUGCUCUAAGUGACAUUGAGGGGACAGAAAGGCUUGAGGUUAUAGAGAGCAAAGCAUGUGGUGUUUUUUGUAUGUAGAUGAGACCUUGCAAAGUCCUCUGAAGUCCUAUAGCACAUUCAGCACAAGAUUUAUUCCCAGCUUUGAGACCUUGCCUCACAGUCCCCAGUUCCAAAUGGGGAUGCUGAGAUCAACAAAGAUCAUCAAAUGUGUUGAGAUUAACCAUAAUAAUGCCUUCAUUUCUAUCCAUAAGUCAUUGUCAUGGUAACAAUGAGUAAGAAUGACUUGGUGGCCCUAUCAGUGAGGGAAGACUUAACUCGAAUUGGCUAUUCUCCACGGCUUUCAGCCAUAGCAUGCAUGCCCAUGAAUAACUAACAUACAGACUUCUGGUUCCCAACUCUGUAGUCAGGGGGAAGUAGACAGAGGGAAAUGUGCAAUUUAGCGAGUGUCAUAUGCCCAUCUCAUGGUUGUGUUAGCUAUAAAACCAACUUCUUCCAGCCUCUGCUCUCAUAUUAUGAUACAUUUCUUUGGUCUAUGCACUUAUUCAAGGUUGGUUUCUUAUAUCACUGCUAUGUGACUGUGCUUAAAAUGUUUCAUUUUCUUAACAAAGAAAGAAGAAAAAGAAAGGCAUGCAAAGCCCUGUGACUCCAGUGUUCUAUUACUGUGCUAUGUCUAGCUGAUGCUAUUCAUUGAGUCUGGAAAAGCACAAGCCAGUGCAUGCAUUAAUGCUCCUCAGCCACAGAAAGCUGGCACCCACCCAAACACUAAAUGGGACACAAGGGACUGAUUGGAAAUUCUGCAUGGAAGGGCGUUUUCAAUCCUGUGGCGUGGACUCACCUCCAGCUUGGGCAAGAGGUCUUCAGUAGAACAUGCAGCUUCCGUUCUGAGUCACACUGUCCAAUGAACUUUCCCUAGGCCCUGCCACACAUUGAAGGGACAGUUCAGGUCACAUACAAGCAUGCAUGCUCAACCACCUGAAACCGCCUGGUGACCCUGUAAUUAGUGGGAUGAUUGUUUUUCAAGGUUUAGAAAGAAGACUACUUUAACAGUGGAUCUUGUUUGGAUGUAUGAACUGUGGAUGGGAAGGUGGAUCUCCCCACACCGGCAGGGUUCCUUUUACAGGAGGCCUAAGGAGAGUUCCGUUGCAAGUUGAUUACAGGUUCGGGUUAGGGUGGAGUGGCAGAAGACCAGGCUGGCUUUGGCCUGUGCCUUGUUCUACGCCCUUGUGAGGCUGCUCCAGCAAGAGCUCACAGCUUGGUAGACUGUGGCUCUGAAGGGAAGAGGGGCUUUGUAGAGCUGGGGAAUCAAGCCAGAUGCCAGUGUGCACUUGGGAGAGUGUGGCUGCACUGGGGCUACUGUCAUCAACUUUUCCAGGAGACCUCAGGUUCUGGGAGGCCGUGUUGCUCCCUCCCACCUGGCACUUCUCUUCCUUUAGCAAAUGGGGACGAAGCACUUCCCACUGGAGAGAAGUCAGCGUGUCAAAUACUGAGAAGAAAGGAUCCCCAGGUUGGGAAUUUGGAAGACCCCAACACUUAAAAUCUGCCGAUGUUUAAAAAUAAAGGGGGAAAGGGCCCAUGCUCCCAUUUGCUGCAGAAAGACUGUAGAAGGGAAUUCGCUGAUCUAGCUUGGGGCAAAGAUUUCCAGGGUGAAAUUAGGUAACAUGUGGAUUGAGCACCAUAGGUUUGCUUUUAGUGUCCUUCUGUCUGAUGGCUCUUAAUUUGUUUUCUUUCCUUGAAAAUGCAUAGGCAUGCUGCCAUUGUGGCAUACUUUGAUGUUUUGAAAGAUAUGUCAAUACUUAUGUUUUCAUAUACUUAUGGAAAUUAGUUUAGCCAUUUUCUUCUUCCUUUUUAGAACCACGAUAUGGAUUUUAUACUAAGGAAAGUCUUGCUCUUACUUCAUUCCUUCUCCUCCCCCUCCUCUAUCUCUGCUCUCUUUGUGCCCUUCCCUUGUCAUUGGAUAAGGAGCACCAGUGUGGUCUAGUUUGGGCUGUGGGACAGCUCAUUUGGAAAAUUCCUUUGUAAAGCUUAAGCAAGAGGAAGGGUCAGGGCCUUGGCUGUUGUGGUCAGGUGCAGCUCUCAUAUCCACAAGGGCCAUGCCUGGCUGUGUUAGUCAGUCUCAGCUCUUCCAUCUCUGAGACCCCGCAGUUUGAAGUCUUCCGUUGAACAAAUCAGAAGUGCCACAUACAUCUCCUCACUCCAUUUUAGUGAAGUGUGUUGUUACAAGUGGUCUUUGUGUAUGGCAGUUUUACCUUCUAUGAAGGUUUAGAACAACUUGACCACUCAUUUGAAAAAGCAGAAGACGCCUGACCCUGAGUACACAGGCGACGCUGGACAGGUGUGCGCACUGCUGUCAUCCCAGUUGACAGGUGUCAGCGAGCCCCACGGAUCCAUGGCUGAGAAGUGGAAGUGGAUGUGGCGGCUGUGUGGGUCAUGUCUAUCUUUAUGUCUCAACAUGGCGGGUAUGUCUGGUAGUGUUCUUUGCCUUGUGACAAUGUGCUGUGAAUCAUGUGCAUAUGUAUUAUAUUAAAGAAUAAAAUGGACCUUAAUUAUC